AAGUACAAACAGUCAAACAGUACUUAGUAGUUUAGUAGAUCUUAGGUUAAGUAUGUUUUGUGGCACCUUUACUAACACCACCGGUCUCCUGCCCCUCUUCGAGUUGAUUUCUAGUAGGACUUCGAGCGAUGAGGAAUACCUCCGGUUUCGGGAUUUCGCCCAAUUCUAUAAUGACCGUCUAGAUACACGGGUAUCACGGAUUUACAGAGCAGUCUUCGAGGGAGACCUUCAAAACGUACAGCGUUGCAUUGAACGAGGCGAAAGUGUAAAUAAAACAGGAGAUCUUUACAGAUUCUCCCCUUUACACGUGGCGGUUUUAAAAAACAAUGUGGAAAUAUUAGAAUAUUUGCUGACGAGAGAAGACGUAGAUGUGGACGUUAGUUGCCGUAUAGGUAGAACGCCCCUUUACAUGGCGAUAGCCUUGGGCCGUAUCGAGCUGGUUGAGAGACUGAUUCGAGCCGGAUCCAAUGUAAAUUUCCGUCACUACAGAAACAACUCCCCUCUGGACAUGUCCGUGUACCAUCCCGACAUCUGCCACCUUCUCAUACAACGCGGCGCCCAAAUCGAUGCCGUGGGAAAGUCUCGCAACACGUUGUUGGACAAAGCGGUGGAACGCAAAGACGAAUGCUUGGGGAUAGUGCACAUGCUGCUGUAUUACAACGCCGAUGCCAACGUUCGUGACAGACGGGGCUUUACUCCUUUCAUGACGGCUCUCCUCUGUGGCAACGUCCCCGCCCAGGAGGCCCUGUUGGACUACGUGGUUAACUUCAAUGAGACGAGCGACCCAGCGUAUUUUUCGACUUUGAGCUUAGCCUUGCACACUAAUUCGCCGUUUGCUAAAGAAAUAAUAAAGCGAGGUGCCGACGUUAAUUACGGUGAUAAUCCCGAAGUCACUCACGAGGCCUGUGCAUUUACGGUUUGUUCACGUAGGGCUGUGAAUUCGUUUACUUUUAAAAUGGUAUGGGAGAGGCUACGUUAUAACCACGCUAAGAAUACCGUCGAUUUAUUCGAUCUUUUCCGUAGGCGCAGGGCGGUGCCGAGGUUUCUCCAAGUUAUAAUCGAGAGUAAUAACUUCGAACCCGCCGUAGAGUAUUUUUCCAAAGGUAAAAACUAUUUGUUGUUCGUCGACGAAUUUGCUAAGAAGAAAUUUGAGCUCGAGCAGCUGACGCGUCUUACGUGUCGCCUGUUAGAAUACGGGUUUCGCGCGACUACCUCCGAUAUUCAUGCGAUUCUCUCGCAUUACGGGUACUGCGAACUGUUUAGAAUACUGUUGCAUAUGGAUAACGACUUUAUCCAGAGUUGGCGGCCUUUCAUGGUCCUUACUAGGUUAAUUUUUGAUAUCGACUACGAUUUAGAGAGUGCCGUCGAUGGAAUAAACGAUAUUCCCAAGGAGAACUUCGUACAGUUGUUGGAAUAUUCUAUUUGUCCUCGAUUAAUGGAUGCGCUAACCAUUAAGUAUACCGACGAUGAAGAUAUGACCGCUAUUUUGGGUGGAUUGCCGAGAGUGCCUUCUUUGAUGGAAUUGGCUAGGAACGCAGCUAGAAAACACGUCUGGCGAGCGUUUAAAAUCACAAAUGCCUGCCAGUUUUACACAACGAUUGACCACUUGGACAUACCGGCUUUUUAUAAGAACAUUUUAACGUUUAAGAGAAAGAUGUACGUGGUUGAACGAUAAAGUUAUUUGUUUCGUAUUCUUUGAAAUAUUAUAACAUAUUUGUACGGGUUUAAUAUAUUUU